AUGUCGCAGUUCCUCAACCGACAGCAGAGCACCUGUUUCGGGAGCAUGGAUCGUUCGAAAACAGUUUUCCCAGGUGCCGAGCGUACCCUGUGCAACUCCUCCGCCGAUGGAAGCGCUAUGCCGGAUGCCGUACAGAAAACAGAGGGGUUCUGGGGCGCGCUCCCAGUGCUGGCUCCAGGGAAUGUUGUGGAGGGCGACGUCGGCGCCCACGACACUGUGGUCGUACUUGUUCCUGCGUGGGUGCGGGUUUCGCGCAUGCCACAGGUACAGCGAAGCCAUCGACGUAUCCUGGUGGCGCUCUUUGUAAGCGUGUCGCCGCAAGCGACUUGGUGCUCUCAAUGCUUGGACACCGGGCAGUGCUCAGGGCUGUUGACAAGCGGUUGUCGUAUUGAGACGUGUCGCUUUCAGAGGAAGAAACUGCGGGCUCCACUGGCCACUGAAGGGCGGCGCGCAGUGACCGUCCGUGCAACCAGCUCUCGAGCGCAAACUUAUUGGAGACACCUGCCUGGAACUGCGUACCUGUUUGGACUGCGGAACGUUCUGCGGAACUGGUUUCAACUGACGCAAGCCCGAAAGCGGCGUUGGCAACCGCUUGUGGGCCCAGGCGGUCGCACUUCAUCUGGCCAGAGCAAACCACGAACUCUAUUGAUGGCUUCGGAUGAACAUCGCACGACUUUCGGGCACACUGAGGCCCUAUCCGGGCUGCCCACCGAGGUAUUCGCUAUCGAGGUUGGCUUCGGCGUGGACUUGCACGGACAAGACGCUCAGGUAGCGGCUGAACGGGCCUGCAACGAUGCCUUGCACCGCAAUUCGUACCCCGGACUACGGAAGUUUCUGCCGCCACCGGGGGACCUCCAACAAAUGCGAGUACAUGUUCUACUAGGCUUGCCGCCAGAGUUCCACAAUCGCGUCGACAAGCACGCUCUCCGGCGACUCUUUCCAUAUGGGCAAGUUGAGGUGGAAAUCGUACCUGGCGGCUUGGCGGCGAGCUCCGGCAUUUAUCUCGGGGAGCACGGUGAUAGGCCGGGCGAUGAUCGGCUUGUUAUCGCAAAUGCUGUGAUAACGGUCGGAUACAAUCCGUGA